UUCCCGGCUGCCUGCAAGUCAGCCUGGCUCCGAGUCACGUGUCAGUGCCUGAGGCAGAGACUGAGAGAAAAAAACGCGCUUCAUUCCUUCUUCCACCGCCAUACUGUAUUUUAUACUAAAUCUCAUUUUUAUUCCAACAUUUUACUCCCGCUCGUGGAAGGUUUUUCUGGAAAAAAAAAAUGAAGUGCGGUUUGGUUUCCUUGUCAACGGAGGAUGAAGUGAACAGCUGAGCAGCUCGCAGAGAGCAGCUGGUACCAGGAGUCUUGGAGCUGAUGGGAAGAAACUACUGGGGUAGGGAAUCAUUGCUAGUUCUGGGUAACCAUGUUCCAAAUCUGACUGGUCCAAGUUCCGAACCAGCCGUUUCCAAGACUUGAUUGGUCCUUGUGUAAGUUUGAACCUAACUGGUGUCUGUGGGAGAUCGAACUUUACCUGUUUUGAAAACCAUCUCAGGAUUCAAAACUGAAACCACACCAGUGCAUCCAACCUGCCUGCACCGUGGGACCCGCCUCUGGGCAGGAUUAAAACAAGGAGAGCCAACCAUGACUGGCAAAACACAGACCAGCAAUGUCACCAAUAAGAAUGACCCAAAGUCCAUCAACUCCCGUGUUUUCAUUGGCAAUCUGAAUACAGCUAUUGUCAAGAAAGUUGAUAUUGAAGCCAUUUUUUCAAAAUAUGGAAAAAUUGUUGGAUGUUCAGUUCACAAAGGUUAUGCAUUUGUACAGUAUAUGAGUGAGCGGCAUGCAAGAGCUGCAGUGGCGGGAGAAAAUGCCAGAAUCAUCGCAGGUCAACCACUUGACAUCAACAUGGCAGGAGAACCCAAACCAUACAGACCAAAACCUGGAAACAAAAGGCCCCUUUCUGCACUUUAUAGACUCGAAUCAAAGGAGCCUUUCCUGUCAGUUGGUGGUUAUGUCUUUGACUAUGAUUACUACAGAGAUGAUUUCUACAACCGGUUGUUUGAUUACCAUGGGCGUGUGCCUCCCCCUCCUCGGGCGGUCAUCCCACUGAAGCGCCCCAGAGUGUCUGUAACAACAACUCGCAGGGGAAAAGGAGUCUUUUCCAUGAAGGGGGGAUCAAGGUCUACCGUGAGUGGGUCAUCUUCAUCAGGCUCUAAAUUGAAAUCAGAUGAGCUACAGACAAUCAAGAAAGAAUUAACCCAAAUCAAAACUAAAAUUGACUCCUUACUAGGACGUCUGGAGAAGAUUGAGAAGCAGCAGAAGGCAGAGGCAGUUUCUACAAAUAAAGUGAUCUAAAGUAAUGAAUGAUGCCAUGAAAGCAGAAAAGGGAAACUGUGACAACCUCCAGAAAUGUGAAAGAAGGUUUCUUACUGGAUAGCAGCAUCUUUGGUUCAAUUUAUAUAAAAACCCAAAUAAAUAAAAUGGACAGAAUUGUCCAAUUUUAGAAAUUCCAUUUCUUCUAUGUUCUAAGCGGUAUAAUUGUCAAGUUUUUAUGGUUUAGAUUGUAAAUGUGUUUUUCCCUUUGCUGAUUAUGUUGUGUUUUUUUUUUUUUAGUCUUCAAAGUCUUAAAAUGUGAAGGACAUUUAUGAAUGGUAAGGGAGACCACUGUACACAAAUGUAUAUUUGUAAAAGCUAUUUUUAUGAUUAGCAUGUUUUACUGUUGAUCAUAUAUAAAGUCAGGUGAUACUGCAACUCUAUGUUUAAACUUUAUUUCUGACAAUGUCAUGUAAGAAAGGAUACAUCAUAUGCUAGUUUUAUAAUUUAUUUUUAAUUCAUAGUUAAAGUUCUUCAAAUCAUAAGAAUAAGAUACUUGAAAGGUUAUAUUUCUGCCCUCUAUAAGCACCUUUUUAUUAAUAAAGAAUGCAAAUAUUUCAGAUGUGAUUCAGUAAUUAAAGUAUUGUUGCUUUGACCUAUGAUUAAAUUGAGCAUUCUCUGCUCUGCUGAACUGAAAUGACCCAAUUAUUGCCCAAAACUUGCGUCUGAAUGGGAGAGCUCACAGACAGUGCCAACACAAGUGAGAACUAGAUUGGGGGGGGGAAAGAUCACCCUGUCUUUGAACCCAAAAGUUUAAAUUAGUGCGUGUGUCCCUUCAUUUCAUCUCCUAUUACUAGGACGUUUCCAUGUGCAGGCAUUGCAAGUAUUUUCCAGAUGCUCUUAGCUGUCAUCUUGUGCUUGUGGAAAUGAAAGAAACCAUCUGCACAGACUGUAGGAGAAUUCAGCACAUAAUUUCUUAAUAAAUACUGUUUCUUUUAAAACAACAUUGGUGUAUAUCUUUCCUUUGGGGUGCACUUCAUUUUAAUACUCAAUAUGAACUAUCUGUGUUACUGUAAUGCCACAAAAUCAGUUCAAUAAUGAAAGUAAUAAAAUUUUAAUAAAGCGUAUUAUAUGUCCUACAUGUCCCAUAUUUUAGAGUCCCUGUAUGUUGGAACAUAUCAAUUUACGAUAUACUCAAAAACCAGAUGGCUCUCAAUCUUUGACAGCGAUUUACAUUUCUAGAAGGUUAUUUUUCACUCAAUAUAAAAUCCUAAGAAAAUAUUUCAGGAUGGAAAAUGAAGCUACCUUGAUG